CAGUCAUAACUAAAAUGUACUAGAAAAUCUUGAGCACACCGCGUUCUCAUCAUGAUUCGAGUCACAACAAUUCGUCAAUAUUCGUCAUUAAGUCGCUGUCUGCCAAAUGCGGUAGACGCGUCUCUAGUAAACAACAUUCCACCGGACGCAUAGUCCUUAUUGAAAUUAUUCGAUUUGAAAUUCGUGUGGAACAAAAUCGACAAUGAAAGUGCUUUUCUUAUUUAUUGUUUUAUUCGUCGCGGUGUCUUCGGACAUGGCGGGCGAAUGUAACAUGUCAGCUUUUUACUUGGAGCUCGGCUGUACUCCUAUCCCGAGCGUGGACAACACGACAAUAUGCCCAGACGCGUUCAAAUGUCCAGAUCUACAUCCAGACCCAACGAUGUGUUACUAUAGAGGCGCGUCAUAUACGGACCGGUCACCUUUACCCCAGAAUUUGAUCAAGAACCCGUGCUCCCAGGCGUGCAGCUGCCGCAUCUCCGACGGUGAGCCGCAGUUCGAUUGCGCCGCAGUCGACUGCGUGGAGUCCUUCGACUCCGACCUCCAGGAGUGCGUCAAAACGUACGAAUUGGACUCAUGUUGCAGCACAGCAAAUGUCUGCGGCAAGGACGCAAUCGCAGCGUUAAAAACCUGCCAAGUGGACGGCAAAACGUACAGGGAGGGGGAGAUUUUCGAGCCCCAGAACACAAGGAAGACCUGCAUCUGUACAUCCGACUGGAGUGGCUCCGCGGACAACUCAGCUUAUUGCAGAGACAUCGAUUGCGGCUUAGAAAUACAUUACCAGGACAAAAUAUUUGAUAACUGCGCUCCGAUAUUCGCCGGGAACGGACGUAGUUGUCCAAUUGGAUUUGAAUGUCCAUCGACAACCACAAAAGUAAUGAGAGGACUGAAUCUGCGCAGCGUGAGUGCCCAGUGCGUCUUCGGCAACCAGACGCUUUCAGUCGGCGAUGAGAUAACUGUCGGCGAGCAAUGUACAACAUGUAUUUGUGAAGUACCGCCUUUUGUAUCGUGUUUAAGGCAGAACGCUUGCUAGGCGAGUACACUGCUCGCUAAGAAUCAACCUUUCUAAUUAAAACCUUCUAAUAAACAUAAUCCACAAAUGAA